AAUUCGCAUAUUCUUCAUCUCUGAAAAGUUCUGGCUCCACAUUCAACUAUCCUCCUCCUUUUCUCUUCCGCCUCGUUAACACCAUGGUUGCUAAGGGAAAGAAGGCGCAAGAAUGCCAUGUUGCUCAGCGGUGGGGUUCUUGGAAGCAAGAAAAAAUUAAAAUAAGAAAUGGCUGAAGAACAAACCGCUGAGGUCGUGGGGUUCUCAGUGUUUCAAUGUAUCCGCUCCCCCAACUCUCCAGUGUGGCUAUCUCAUCCACCCGCCUCCUCUCCUCUCUCUUCAUUUUUCUCUCGUCUCUCUUCUACCUCUUCUCCCUCUUGACAUACCUGGUUAUAUGUGACAUAGACCUUCUCUACCAUUGUGGCGGUCUUUUGCACCUCAGCGUGGAUUUGGUGGGGUGAAGAUAAGGAAAAAGAAAAAGGGAAAAUGCUGAUGUAGGAUGUGCCCCGCGAUCUGGGGCUUCGUUUGCGCCCAGGCGAAGAUUCUUUCUCACGUCUCUUUUAAACCCUUCUUCCGUGACUAUUAUUCUAUUGGAUAAGAACAAAGGAUAUGUUAGUGUAUAUAUAUAUAUAUAUAUAUAUAUGAGUGGUACCACGUUAUGUCUCGAAAAUCAGUAUUUCAAAAGCGCAGAUCUAGCUUUUGUGAAGGAGAAAAGGGGGGGAAUAAUACGACAGCAAAAGGAAUAUCGGGAAUUGGAGGAGGACAGGCAAGGACAAAAAGAUCUUGAAACGGAUAAAAAAAAUAGACAAGCGGGAAUAUUGAAACUUUCCGUAGAAACCUCCACCACCAGUUAAGUUAAAUAGUUAGUUAGCUCGUCAUAGAUACUCGUGUCAAGCUUUUUAUUAUUAUUAUUUUUUUUUUUUUAUCUUAUUUUCCCCACCCAAUAAAGAGCAGUGGAUUUAGUUGAUUAUUUACUUGAGCAUUGGUUUGUUUGUUGACCUAAAUACAUAGACAACGGCAUGGCAUCACGAUAUAUGCGAAGGGGAAUGAAUACUUUCCUGGUUGAAUGAACUAUUCAGCAAACUUGUCAAGAUAACUAAAGUGAAUAAAUAAGCGAUAGUGUGGUGGUGAGAGCAACGACAUUCUAAAUAUGCGAAAGCCUCGUAAAAUGGGUUCAUAUACUCUCGCCUUGUGCGAUAUGUUUGUUAUCCCCUUCCUCGCUGCAUCAUCAUGUCACGGUCUCUAUCUUCAUACUUCAAUGUUAUGCAGAAGAAGGCUGCAAAACGAAAGCAGGGUUUUCUCGACCUCGGUCCAUUUCAAUGGCGAAAAUUAUCCCUGGAUUUCCUCAACCAGGUCUCCCCCCUGGUUUUGCAUUCAAGGUGUCUGUCUGCCUCCCUCUCCCCCCCCGCCAUGCAGGGUUCAAUAUUUAGAACGCCGACUGAUUUCGGGCCUACGAGUCUAUACUGAGAAGAGAACAUGGAGAGGAGACUUCGAUGCCAGGGGGAUCCAAGGGGUCGGUCCAAGGUUGUCCAAGGCUGUCCAAAUGGGUCCAAUGGUAGUUCAGCCGCCAAUUAUCUCUAGAACGAGUUAACGUCGGAAAUUUUCCAGAAGUAGUUUACUGCGUAUAUCGCUUCGCUUUGAGGUCCCUUGCACCGUUGCACGGUAGCAAUCGACGUCUUCAGACCUCCAGCAGCACGCAUAGGGCUAGUUAUUGGCUGGGAGGAGGCUGAUGCGACAGCUUGACAACAAACUGGUUAUCAACGCGUUGAGUGCUUGGGUUUGCUUCGAUUAACACAGAUAUUUAGGAUGGCAGACAUAUGCAAAAUCCUCAUAUAUCGGAUGUCCAAGGAUACUUACUUCUCCUAUUCCCGCAUACCAAUAGCAGCUGAGAGUUAAAACGACUGACUGGGGAGAUAAAAGCCUCACUUCAGCUAUCUUGACAGCAAGUACCCCGUAGUUAAAUAUCUCGUCCCGUGCCGUCCGCCGAAAAGACAAGUAGUAUUAUUAAUUAAUCAGUCGGGGACAUCUGUUAGUUAUCAUACAGGAUCAAGGUCAAGCAGGUUUCUAUAAUUCGUUGAUUUGUGCGCAGGAAGAGGUGGACGUCUUUGUACCAGAUGUUGUUUAUUCCGCAUCGGGUAACUAGCACAUAUCAUCAUCCAACCUCUCUUCUUCUUCUUCUUCUUCUUCUUUUUCUUCUUCUGUACAUCAACUAUCAACUCCCACUCCCAUUCUUUCUUCAUCACGAUAGAACCCCGGCCGAAGUGUUAAAACCCUCGAUGGUUACCAUGAAUGCUACCCCUAGGGCUGGGAUUACAAGGCCGGCAGCCGGCUUUAGGGGAGAUAUUUAAAACAUGGCGCUAGGGAUGGCACCACCACCCCCACCGAGUAGCCUAUGUACGGGCGUACGCUGGGUAAGUGACCAAAUGCUCGGCGCCUUGAAUUUGCCCGUAUCGAUUGUUAUUUGACUGGAUCGUGGCGCCCUGGGCCUCCCUGAUAAUGAAAGUCUGCUCGUCCUGAAAUCUCGCAUCUCGGGGAAAGACAAGUGCUGGCACUUGAACAAACCACUGCUAUCUAGAAGAAUAUUGCGAGACAAAAGCCUAUUCGCACACUAUUUGACCAUGGAGAACCCAAAUGGUGGCGGUGUCAAAAUGAACAAAACCUGCGACCAGUGUAGGCAGCGAAAGAUUCGGUGCAUCGUUCCCGAAACGCCGUCGGGUUCGCAACCUAGGUGCACGUACUGCAUAAAACGGGGAAUUCCCUGCUAUUUCAGCGUUUUUCGCCGCAAGGCCCGGUUCAGAGUUGCCAAUUCUUUGCCUGCCAGCUCACGGCCUUCCGGGAAGGUAGCCUUGGGCGAGCUAUUCGUCGACCGUGUCCUGCAGCAUGGUCCGCAGGACGUUGUCCUUUCCGAUGAGUCCGCCGUAUUCACGUCUCCGGAUGAAAAAGUCCCAAGCUGUGGCCUGGCUUUCUUCUCUGAGCAGAAAGUGGCAUCCUUGAACCAAAGGAUUGGCAAUUCUCGGGUCCAGGAUGUUGUCCAGAGACUCGACGAUUUCAUUUUAAACCGUUUGGGUAUCCCAGACGCAUCUUCAUGGCCUCCUAUUCCUUUCCACAAGCCUAUGAAAAGGGAGCGGAUCACUCCCGAAGAGGCCACUGGGUAUAUUCAAGCUUUCUUUGUAAACCUUCACCCAGUAUACCCAUUUCUAGAUCGUGAGGAGUUUGAGGCGCAGGCGUUCGACCCUAAUCUGACGGCAUUCCUGCACCACAAUCCAGUCUUCUCCGCCCUGUAUCACUGUAUUCUAGCUUUGGGUAGCCAAUUUCUCGGAUGCGGAACAUUCGAACCAGGAAAAGGGAGAUCAUGGGAACUUUUCCAGGUGGCUAUAAGCCACAUGUCUGAUAUAAUUAUCCCCCGAGAAUCUAUUGAAAGUGUGCAAGCUUUAGUUGCAAUGUCGAUAUAUGCUAUGAACUCUUGUGCCCUGCAACUUGAUGGGUUUUUUCUCUCUCAUGCCGCCCGUAUGGUCGUUGAACUUCGGUACCACAAGAAUGUCAGCUCAGAGCCCAAGCACCUCAGGGUGUUUUGGGUUAUCUAUGCCUUAGAGAAACAACAAGGCAUGCAUUGCCGCACAUGCUCUAUCAUACCAGACGAAGAUAUCGGUUGUGUGAUUCCGCCAUUCCCAGAGGCACAAUACGAGAACUUCAACUGGUUUGUUUCGCUGAUCCAAAUCGGACGUAUUACGUCUAUUAUCUACACAUCUCUCUUCUCAGUGAGCGCUUCAUUGCGAUCUCGAGAGUCCUCCCAGUCAACCAUUGAGCAGGUCCAUGAAAUGCUCGAGGCAUGGCGCCAAUCUAUCCCCGCUGAGAUCAGACCAGGCAGCGCAGCUCAGUUCCCCGUCUCUGCGCCUCCGAGUACCAACUUGGCCGCGCUCCAUAUACAUUUCAGUUACUAUCACACUAUCAUUGCUCUAGAUCGUCUCUCCCUCUAUCUCAACCGUGACGGCGGGUCCAAAGCACAAUCGAGUAAACAGAGGCUUAUGAGCACUGCGCGAACCGUGAUCGAAUUGACCAAGCACAUCGACAUACAACCUCAAGUUCCAAUGUUCAUACUCGCCGUCCUUCCCGUCUCAGCCGUAUUCAUUCUCUUCGAUCUCGUCAUCCACAACCCAUUUCAUCGCGAGUCUAGAACAAAUCUGUCACUUCUGGAUUCCGCCGCUGGAUACUUUGCGCUUAUGGGGAUCGCCUCCAACCAUUCUAUGCCAGGCAGCAUUAUGCCUGAGUUUACGCACAUUGCCAGAGAGUACUUUUGGAAGGUUCAGCACCAAAAGGGGACGGUGACUGGUAGGAAGAAAUCCGCCGCUGAAGCGCCGCCGGAGGAUAACAAUACCAUGGAGAAACCUGUCGUCGCCCAGGAGGUGAAUAUGAAAGGGUCACCGUCAUAUCUUACCGGAAGCCCUACUUUCCAAAUGGAGCCUCUGAUCCCAUCAACAACAACGGACCCAGGUAUACGGGUAGCCAGAGGCUGCUCCCAUCCAAGCUCUCACACCGGCUCCGUGGACUCCGACUACCUAGAAUACCCAACGCCCAUAGCCUUCGACGCAGCUUCCGAUUUCCAGAUCGGAGAAUCGGUAGAUCUCAGGACGCUCUUUGGGUGGGGGUUCCCAGCCGGCGGCACGUCGAUGAUGACGAUGGACGAAUGGGCGGCUGACCCUAUGAAUUUCGAACCCGCCGCCGGCGUAGGUGAACUUGAGCUUGGUACCGAUUGUGUGGGGCAUAUGCAGGGUACUUAGAUCGGUGAGGAAGUGAAAGUAGGAAAUAGAGUGUGGGUUUGGGUUUGUGAAGAGGGUUUCGUGAGGGUUUUAUCUUUAAAGAUAUUUCUAUUUCGUUAUUUCUAUAUAUAUAUUUUCUGACUUUUAAAAUAUAGCAAACUGUGUUAUCAAUGCCGUUCUAAUGAUGUCAGCGUUCAAGUGGUGCGUAACCAUGCAAUAUAUACGCAUACCCAGUAGACGUGUAGUGAAAAUAAGGAAAGAAUAAAGAAAGGGAAUGAAAAUACAAAGAGAAAGAAAAAAGGAGAAAGAAAAAGUGAAAAUAAAAGCUCCACCGUUUCUAUCAUGGUUAGUUCCAAACAUUACCCAGCAGAUCCAACGCCUGUGAACAUGCAAUCUUUUUAGUCCCAUAUCGCAAAAAGAGGAGGAAGCCUCCAGAAGAAGGAAGGGCGGGGGCGGGGAGAUGAAACAAGAACGACAAACCAAAAAACAAAAGAAACCUCCCUCCAUCCCCCUUCCAUUAACCACGCCACACCCACCUACGCCCGCUUAUGCUCCUUUCCCUUCGGCAUCCUCACAAGCCAAUACAACCCCAUCGCCGCCCCAACAUUAACCACAACAUAAACCCACAACAGCCCAAAAUUCCUCCACACAUCCGCGUAAUAGAUAUCAAAGCGAGACAGGAACUGGUCCGUCGUGGCGACGAUGCAGUACCGGCACGCCUCCACCGCUUCGGCUGGAUUGAGCAGCACGCCCUUGGCGGCGUCCGCGAAGGGUGUCAGGAACUCGCCGCAGGUCAUGUUGGCGGGCGGUAGGAUUUGGAGGAGCUCGGUUUCGGAGCAGGUGACGGUUGUGCCGGCGAGGGCGGCGGCCAUGACGCCGCCGACAAGGUAGGUUGCCGGGGAUACGGGGUGCAUCCAGGUCCAGAAGGAGGGGAAGUUGGCUUUGGGGAUUGUGACGCUGUUGGAGGGGGAAGUAAUGUUAGUGAUAUUUUCGUGAAGGCUAUGUAUGGGAGGACUUGUAUCGAUGGAGAGAAGGGGUUUUUUUCUUUUUUCUUGGAGAGGGGCGGUGGGGGGCUUGCUUACCCGCAAAAGACCAAGCAGAAUAUCCACAAAAGACUCGCAAUGACGCCACCAAUCUCAGCAUUGGGGACCCAGGUAAUGGCGAAGUGAGAGAAUGUGCUUGUGAAUAGCAUGAACAUCCACAAGAAGAGGAAGCAGAGGAAUCCGCGGACGGUCUGGUCAUCAGCCGUUGUGUUCACAACAAACCCGACUGGAUAAUACCAGCAGAAAUAGACCAAGACGGCCAUCAACGUAUUCCAGACGGCUUCAACUAGGAUAUUAGAGAGUACGAAGGCUAUUUAAUGGCGAGCUGUCAGUUGCUAUUUUCACUUUUAU